CUUAGUGUAUGUUCUGGUUUUGCGUAUUAUGAGUUUCAUAUGACAAGGGAUUAGUAGGGGUAUUUGCUUGGUGUAGGUAAAAAUUCACAAUAUCACACGCCCAGAGAGGCACUGCACGACCGUUUCGUUCUCUCAGGAGUUGUCAGCAGUGCGCGUUCCGUUUGACUCGCGUGGGACUGGAACCCACAGUUCGACUGUUGCCAGUCUGUGGUUGAGACUACUGAGCUCCGAUGGACGGCAACGACCGUCGUGACUAGAUGUUAAAUACCCCCGUUACUGACUUGCGGAGGACAAGGUAGCCCCCUCACCUUCACUUUGUGUCCACAGCGUCGAGUUUUCCGAUGUCACUUCCUGCUGCACCUACUUGAGUGACUCUGUAUCACAUCUAGUAGCUUAGUCACUACGGUCGCUACCGUCCUCCGUAGUUUAGUGGUCUCAACCACUGACUGGCAACACUAGUUGCGGGUUCGAGCUCCUUAAGGGUCAGAUAGAAUGUGCACAAUUGAUGAUUCCCGAAAGGACGACAGCGCCGUACUGUCUCAUAUAACUCGAUGAACUUCCUCAGUCACCCAUCAAUCUUGUUCCAACGAUUCGUGUCACUCUUCACUUUUACUUCCUCCAUUGUGUUCUUUGUGAAUCUACUUUGGUUGUUUGCAUGCCCUCUACCGAGGGCUCGCGGUUUUCUUCGCUCACGCACAACUUCGCAGGGAUUUCAUUAUACCAGCCUACAACUGAAUGCCAUCAUCUUUUAAUGACCUACUUGCCUAAUGAUACAUUACCCUUUCGACUUAUGUAUCGCGUAAAAUAUUUACCUUUGUGCGCACAGCAUCAAGUUUUCCAGUGUCAUUUCCUGCUACACCUACUUGUGCUUUGUUUUAAACCACCGUUCCAGCUCUCUUAUGCGAUUGGCAUCGCUGAACCGUUGUCCAUUUAUUUGGAUAGCUAUGGGACUUCCAGUGUCAGCAACAAGGAGCUUUUGCACAUAGUAGAGAGGAAUUUUGAUCUUCGGCCGGGUGUGAUCGUCAAGGAGCUGGAUCUACGCUGCCCUCGCUACUUGGAGACAGCGGUGUACGGGCACUUCGGCAGGCCAGAAUUCCCUUGGGAGCAGUGCAAAAAGCUGCGUUUAUGA